AUGUCUUCCAAGGAGAAGAAUGGUGAGACUACCUGGGCCCAUGGCCUAUUCGAUUGUUGUAGCCCAGGUGGGCUUUGCUUCAUGACAACCUGUUGUCCCUGCAUUACAUACGGAAAGGCUCAGCACAGAAUGAAGCAUGGUAACUUGGAUGACUACUCAUGCUGCAAUGCAUCUUGCGUUAUCUUCGCCUGCCUUGCUCACUGCGGUCUUCAAUGCAUCCCUACCACGAUGCAGCGAGGAGACAUUCGCGAAAAACAUGGCCUUGAGGGUGGUUGCUUUGGAGAUUUUUGCAAAUCCUGCUGGUGCAAUUGCUGCGUCUUAAUACAGAAUGAGAAGGAAUUGGAACAGCGUGAAGCCCUCUUGAAAGGUUCAUCUGAGCCGUACAGAGCCAAUCCUGGUAUGGUGUACUCAGGCGCAAGCACACAUUAA